UUUGAUGCUCCCCCCUAUGUACGCGCAGUUAGGGUGGUUCGCUCACCCCAUCUUCAGCGAGACGGGGGACUAUCCCCCCGCCAUGAAGGAGAGGGUGAUGGUCAACAGCCUGGCGGAGGGACGCUCAAGGUCACGCCUUCCGACCUUCACGCCGGAGGACGUCGCCCUGGUCAAAGGGUCCGCCGACUUCUUUGCGUUGAACCACUACUCGUCGUACCUCGCCACGCCCCAGCCCGACGACGGUGGCCGUCGUGGAGUCACGUCUAGAGACAACGACAUCGGCGUGCUCAAGACCAAAGACCCGAAGUGGCCCGGCAGUGCGGUGUACUGGCUCAAGACGGUCCCGUGGGGCUUCAGGAAGCUCUUGGUCUGGGUGCGAGAUCAGUACGGGAACCCGCCGUUGUAUGUGACGGAGAACGGUUUCGCGGACCGCGGAGAAAUCCACGAUACGGGACGACAAGAAUACCUCAUGGGCUACCUGGAGGAGUUGUUGAACGCGAUCCACGCGGACGGGUGCGACGUGCGGGGCUACAUGACGUGGUCACUGUUGGACAACUUCGAGUGGACGGACGGCUACCAGGUGCUGUUCGGGAUGCACGCCGUCAACUUCACGGACCCCGCGCGCCCCAGGACGCCAAAGGAGUCUGCCACCCUGUUCAAGCAGCUGACCAGCACCAGGCGCCUGCCCACCACGGAGGAGAAAGAGAUGUGCCUAAGGAGUGGCAUCUGCCACACGCGGCGCCCGGACCCAAGAGCCGUCGAUACCAAUGAAGUUUGACAUCUUUACCUUGUACAUUAUU